AUGUCCGGAACACUCAUCUCCUCCCUGGUAUGGGUACCAAGAGGGAAGGCUGCACUACAGCCAAAAAAGUAUACGCUGGAUGAGGCGGAAUUGGAGCGGGUGGGCAAGUUGGGAGGACCGGGAGCGCUGGAGAAGUUGAGGGAGGAGAUGGCGGCUGCUGAGGGUGGGGAUGAGACAUGGGAAGAUCUCGACGAGGACGACGACAAUGAGGACUCUGACGAGGACGAGGACGAGGAGAAGCCGGAUGGGAUGGAAGGCGUUACAGAUGGGCUGGAUGGAAUGGACGUCGAUGAGGAAGAAAAGAAGCCGAGGAAGAAGGCCUCUUCUGAUCCAAAUGAUCUCUCGGCGUUCAACAUGGACGAGUAUGACGAGGAGGAGUCAGGCGGUGUCGCUAUGGGCGCCUUCGCGAACGUCAAAGGGCUCACCUACUACCGCGACAAUGACGAGGACCCCUACAUUACGCUCAAAGAGAACGAUGACGACCUCGAAGGCGAAGAGCUCGCCCUCCUAUCAUCAGACAACAUGAUCAUCUCCGCACGUACCACAUCCGACCUCUCCUCCCUCGACUUCCACAUCUACAAUGAGCCCGACGAGAACCUCUACGUCCACCACGACCUCAUGCUGCCCGCCUUCCCCCUCUGCGUCGAGUGGCUCGACUUCCCCGGAUCAGGCUCGGCCGACAGCUCGGCCUCCGGCUCCUACAUCGCCGUUGGCAGCUUUGACCCAUCUAUCGAGAUCUGGGAUGCGGACAUGGUAGACGGACUCUACCCACACGCCAUCCUCGGUCCCUCCCCACAUCUCGAGAAGCCAGAAGCCAAGCCCAAGGGGACUGGCAAAAAGAAGAAGAAGCAGAUGGUCCAGCCUACCGCCAACGCCGAGCACCACGUUCAACCCGUCCUCACCCUCUCAUGGUCCCCGUACCACCGCAACCUCCUCCUCUCUGGCUCGGCAGACGCGACCAUCAAGCUCUGGGACCUGACGCGCGAGUCACCCAUGGCGGCGCUGAGGAGCUGGGACUCGAUACAUGGCGGAGAGAAGAUUCAGGCGGUAGAGUGGAAUAAGGGAGCGCAGGCGGCAUCAGCGGGUCUGGAACGGGCGGUUCUGAGUGCAGGAUGGGACAGGACGGUUAAGGUGUGGGACUCGAGAGCGGUGGAUGAUGCUAUUGGGCUCAAGAUGGGCUCGGACGUAGAGUGUGUCAGGUGGGACCCUUGGGAGGCCCACUCUUUCUUUGUCUCGCUCGAGAACGGUCUCAUAUUAGCGUACGACUCCCGUGUUCUCCCUUCCUCCCUCACUCAAUCCACUUCCGGCAAGCUCAGCACCGCUCCCGCCAAAUACACCCUAUCAGCACAUGAUGGCGCCGCCGGCGCGCUCGAUAUCAACCCGCACAUCCGCGGAUGUAUCGCGACGGGAGGUAUGGACAAGCUGGUCAAGGUGUGGAACGUGUCGGAUGAGGAGAGCGAGGGCGUCAAGGGGAGAAAGAGGGAGAUCAGUCUUGCUACAAGCAGAGAUCUGGGAGUGGGCAAAGUCUUCACGGCCCGCUGGUCCCCUGAUGCAGAUGCGCCACUCACGCUCGCUGCUGCUGGUUCAAAGGCGACAUUGCAGAUCUGGGACGUGGCUUCCAACCCUGGGGCGAGGUCGGCGUUCGGCUCAAGAUUGAAGAGGCUUGGAAGGGAGCUUGGGGAGAUCAAGGGGAGCGGAGGGGUCGUGGGAGUGGCAGACGAUAGUGAAGAUGAGGAAGAAGAAUGA